AUUCACAGGUGAAAUGUCAGACAGGAACAUUCAUCGGAAGGUAGUCGGACCUACGACUAGGCGACGAACCAGCCGAAUCUAAGGCUCACCUUAGCUUAUCUAUACAAUAGACUCACACAAUUUGGCACUACUCGUAUUUCCAGCAGUGCAAACACCCGAUACCACGUCCCUCGUAUACACAUACAUGUCAUACACGGAUUACGUGCAAUAUCCGACCUAAUAUUACUCGGACGUCGAGUGCGUGUCUCGAGAUCAGUGUUCUUCCGCAUCGGUGGACCUAACCUCCGAUAGGUGCACAUCACAGGGCGCAAAAGGCAUACGUAACGCAGUCGUAGUGCAUCAAGAAGUUCUAGUAGGUGGUGAAGGUGUUACGAGCGACGUCGUCGUCGUCGUCGUCGGUGGUCAGUUGAUAUGCGCCGCUGCGUUUUCCCUCGCUAGUCUAGUGGCUCUUCUCGGCCCGGACCCGCGCCUAUACGAUGGGUUUCAGCCGUCUUGGCAAAUCGUCGCCGGCUGCACCUAGGGAUCCAUCAGUUGUCGUUACUGUUCAACCGAGUGAUUCGUAAAAUGGGUGCCAAUAUAUCUCAAUUGGAAAGGGAUAUUGGCUCCGACCAAUUUCCCCCUAAUGAACAUUACUUUGGAUUAGUUAAUUUUGGCAAUACGUGUUAUAGCAAUUCAGUUUUGCAAGCCUUGUACUUUUGUCGGCCUUUUAGAGAAAAAGUUUUAGAAUACAAAGCUAGAAAUAAACGUACCAAAGAAACCCUUCUAACAUGUUUGGCAGACUUGUUUCACAGUAUAGCAACGCAGAAGAAGAAAGUUGGUUCAAUAGCACCAAAAAAGUUUAUAGCUCGACUAAGAAAAGAAAAAGAGGAAUUUGACAAUUACAUGCAGCAAGAUGCUCAUGAAUUUUUGAACUUCCUUAUAAAUCAUAUAAAUGAAAUUAUAUUAGCUGAGAGAAAUCAGAGUAAACCUGCUGGAGGAAAAGGUGCAGGUGAUGCUGGCACACCACCAGAACCUACGUGGGUACAUGAAAUUUUCCAGGGCAUUCUGACUUCAGAAACUCGUUGCCUUAAUUGUGAGACUGUUUCUAGCAAGGAUGAGGAUUUCUUUGAUCUUCAAGUUGAUGUUGAUCAGAAUACUUCAAUUACCCACUGCCUCAAAUGUUUCUCAAACACAGAAACACUCUGUAGUGACAACAAGUUUAAAUGUGAUCACUGCAGUAGCUAUCAAGAAGCUCAGAAACGGAUGAUGCUGAAAAAACUACCAAUGAUUCUUGCUUUACAUUUAAAAAGGUUUAAAUAUGUUGAACAGUAUAAUAGGCACAUUAAAGUUUCACACAGGGUAGUUUUUCCUCUAGAACUUCGACUUUUUAAUACAAGCGAUGAUGCAGUAAAUCCAGAUCGUUUAUAUGAUCUAGUGGCUGUAGUUAUCCAUUGUGGAAGUGGGCCUAAUAGAGGACAUUACAUUUCUAUAGUCAAGAGCCAUGGGUUCUGGUUACUCUUCGAUGAUGACAUGGUUGACAAAAUUGAUUCGUCCACUAUAGAAGAUUUUUAUGGGUUGACAUCAGAUAUCCAGAAAAAUUCAGAAACUGGAUACAUUUUGUUUUAUCAAUCAAGAGACUGCAGUUAAAAUUAAUUUUUAUGAAGAGAUUUUUAUUGUAAUUUGUAACACCCUGCUUUAGUCGAUUAUCUGUGGCUAUUAAAUCACAAAGGAAUGCGAUGUAAAUCAGCCAAGAUGUUGAAGAAGCAGUUAAAAUUAUACGAGACUUGUAUCUCCAUUAGAUUUUUUUAUGGACAAUACCAAAUGGUAUUUAGUUAAUUUUUCUACAAGAUGCAAAAGUUUCUGUGAUGAUCUUCUGAAUUUCGGAAUGCUACACAAUGAAGAUAUCGAGAAACUUUGAUCUCGUUCUUUAACUAGAUUAAAGUCAAAGAGCGACAUUCAUGCUAUGAAGGAGUUUAAUAACUUGCAUGUAUAGUAAGGCUCUUAAAAUUACUGUGCUCUAACUAUUCAAUAGUAUACGCAGCCGAUUUGUUAACAGUUCGCAAUUUGAAUUGAACUGGAAAGUUUCCUUUGGAAAAUCAAGCAAACGUUUCCAGUUAGAAUUCGCCUCAGAAAAAGACAUUUAGCAUGUUUCAGUAUAUGCAGAGCUUUCAUUUAAUCCUUGAAACUUUUCGUAUUCCUCUGUGAUCAAUGAGUAUGAAAGAAUUACGAAUGUGGUAGAAAAGAUGUCAGUGCUGUAUGUAUACACAGUGGAUCUGUAUAUCCUUUUAAGAGAAUAUUUUAAAAUCACAACGUAAUGAUGAAUUGUAUGAACUUAGAUUUUUUUUCUUAAAAUGAACAGUCUAAUAGUGAAGAUUCAAUGGUAAAGAUAUAAUCAGCAGUUGAAAUUACGUGAAAACGAAUUAAAAUUUUGUACAUAUUCUCUGUUGAGUUAUUAAUAAUAAUUGAAUAAUUAACGGGAUGUACGAUUAUAAAUCGGCAAUUUUAAUCGGUUCAUAUAUGAUAUAUUUACAGUUAAAAAAUACAUAUUUUUUUAAAAUAAAUUCAUAUUAAAUAUUGAUUUAAUGAAAAAUAA